AUGAAGUCCUUUCUUACCUCGCUCACCUUGGUCACGGCGGUGCUGGCAGCCGGCCGCACCUCGGCGCCGUCCGGGUGCCUCACCGUCAAGAAGUCGCCCGGCAGCGGCCAGUACGGCACCAUCCAGAAGGCCGUCGACGCGCUCUCGACGUCGGACGCCAAGGCGCAGUGCAUCUUCAUCGACCAGGGCACCUACAGCGAGCAGGUCCUCGUGCCCGCGCGGACGGCGCAGCUGACCAUCUACGGCUACACGGCCGACACGAGCGGGUACGCCGGCAACAAGGUCACCAUCACGGCCAAGAAGAGCCAGGCCGACGGCCUCAACAACGACGAGAGCGCCACCCUCCGCGUCAAGGCCAAGAACUUCAAGCUCUACAACGUCAACGUCGCCAACGCGUACGGCAAGGGCAGCCAGGCCGUCGCCCUCAGCGCCUACGCCGACAGCGGCUACUACGCCAGCCAGUUCACCGGCUUCCAGGACACCGUCCUCAGCCAGCAGGGCAACCAGUUCUACUCCAAGUGCCUGAUCCAGGGCGCCACCGACUUCAUCUUUGGCCAGAAGGCCAUGAGCUGGUUCGAGAAGUGCGACCUGCGCGUCGUCGCCAACUCUGUUGGGUACAUUACGGCCAACGGCCGCCAGUCCGCGUCCGACAAGUCGUACUACGUCUUCAACGGCUGCACCGUCGACGCCGCGGACGGCAACAAGGUCACCGACGGCGCCUUCUACCUCGGCCGCCCAUGGAGGGAGUACGCGCAGGUCACGUUCCAGAGCACGAGCAUGACGGGCGUCAUCAACUCGGCCGGGUGGAAGAUCUGGAACAACGACGACCCCCGCACCAGCAACGUCCUCUUUGGCGAGUACAAGAACACGGGCAUCGGGUCCCAGGGCACCCGCGCCAGCUUCUCCAAGAAGCUCGACUCCGCCGUCUCCAUCUCGAGCAUCCUGGGCGGCGACUACGCCAGCGCCGGGUACUUUGAUUCUGCUUUCUUGUGA